CAAGGCUGUGUUCACCUGCUUCUCUCCCUGUGAUGGGUGGAGAAAGAUCAGAAGGGAUCAGAACAUGUGUGUCGAGGGUGUGGCCAAGCCCAGAUCCUGUCCUAGCGUCCAAGGACCACAUCUGGGGCAAGAAGAGGAGCUGAACUGGGUCAGGGUCAGACGGAGCAAGGCUGAUCUCAGAGACACCGACAGAGCCCACAGCAGCUCCAGGAACCCGGAUUCCCUUGGCCCAAGGGGAGGCCCAGGAGCUGCCUGCAGCCAUGUCAGCCCUUGGCCUGGCCAUUCUGGGCCUGCUGGCGACAGUGCCACCUGCCAGCUGUCAGCAAGGCCUGGGGAACCUGCAGCCCUGGAUGCAGGGCCUGAUUGCCGUGGCUGUGUUCCUGGUCCUGGUUGCGAUCGCCUUUGCUGUCAACCACUUCUGGUGCCAGGAAGAGCCGGAGCCUGUGAACACGGUCAUGCCUGUUGGAAACAAAGCAGAUGGGAUCCUGGUAGGAACAGACGGCAAGUACUCCUCGAUGGCAGCCAGCUUCAGGUCCAGUGAGCAUGAGAAUGCCUAUGAGAACAUCCUGGAGGAGGGCAGGGUCCGCAGCACCCCCAUGUGACCCCUGCCCAGCUCACCACCCAGGGCCCUCCCUCUCUGUACAGGAAUCUGCAGUAAAGGGCCAACUCCUCCAACCCCCACACCUGCCCUGCCCUCCAGCCAAGGUCAGAGCUCAGACUAUCGGGGCUGGGACUCAACUCUGUCUCUGGGGUCGGAGGUCUCCUACCCAAUUCAAUUCAGAAGACCCUUCUGAAAAGGAAGCUCAGCUCGGCACCUCCAUCCAGCCUCACUGCUCCUUCCCCCUAACUGUGGAAAUGGCCCUUAUUUCUGUGAAAUAAAGACAUUUUGUACUUCUGA